GUCUGCAUUACCAUAUUCGCAUUGUACCGGUGUCACGAUCGAGAUGGCGUACGCGGUUAGAGCAUCAGGAUCAAGGGUGAAAUCCCUCAUGGCUGCAGGCCUUCGGGCCAGGCUGCUUCAGACUUCAGCAGCUGCAACUCAAGUUGCCAUGAGUAGAUUUGAACAAGACAAGUUUAUUAACUAUGAAAAAUUGGAUGCAAACCUGAAGAUAGUGAAAGAUAGACUUCAAAGACCAUUGACACUAAGUGAAAAGAUUGUUUAUGGCCAUCUUGACAACCCUAAGGAACAGGACAUUAAGCGUGGAGAGUCUUACUUGAAGCUCAGACCAGAUCGUGUCGCUAUGCAAGAUGCUACUGCCCAAAUGGCUAUGCUACAGUUCAUCUCUAGCGGUCUUCCAAAAGUUGCUGUCCCAUCCACCAUCCAUUGUGAUCACUUGAUUGAAGCCCAGGUCGGUGGUGAACAGGAUCUCUCAAGAGCUAAGAACUUGAACAAGGAAGUGUACAAUUUCCUGGCCACGGCAGGUGCUAAGUAUGGUGUAGGUUUCUGGAAACCAGGCAGUGGUAUCAUCCAUCAGAUCAUCCUUGAGAACUAUGCUUUCCCAGGUGUACUACUAAUUGGUACGGACAGUCACACUCCCAAUGGAGGGGGGUUAGGAGGUGUUUGUAUCGGAGUCGGAGGGGCUGAUGCUGUAGAUGUAAUGGCAGACAUACCAUGGGAACUCAAAUGCCCAAAUGUCAUCGGAGUGAAAUUGACCGGUAAACUCAGUGGCUGGACCUCACCUAAAGACGUUAUCUUGAAGGUUGCUGGAAUCUUGACUGUCAAGGGCGGCACUGGAGCCAUCGUGGAGUACUUUGGACCUGGCGUUGACUCCAUUUCAUGCACAGGAAUGGGUACCAUCUGCAACAUGGGUGCCGAGAUUGGUGCUACCACGUCCAUGUUCCCUUUCAACAGCAGAAUGAAGGAUUACCUUGUUGCUACCAAUAGAUCAGAAAUUGCUGGACUGGCUGAUCAAAACAAGCAUCUCUUGACGGCCGAUGAAGGAGCACAAUAUGAUCAGAUCAUUGAAAUCAACCUUGAUGAGCUUGAACCCCUGAUCAAUGGACCAUUCACACCUGACCUUGCAAACCCUGUAUCUAAGGUUGGACAGGUGGCUGAGAAGGAAGGCUGGCCUCUUGAUGUCAAAGUUGGUCUGAUCGGUAGUUGUACAAACAGCAGUUAUGAGGAUAUGAGCAGGGCAGCUAGCAUUGCCAGGCAGGCUCUGGAUAAUGGUGUCAAAUGCAAGGCAGCUUUCACGGUCACACCAGGCUCCGAGCAGAUCCGAGCUACCAUCGAGAGGGACGGUCAAGCUGCUACCCUCCGUGAGUUUGGUGGCAUCGUCCUCGCUAAUGCCUGCGGUCCUUGCAUUGGGCAGUGGGACAGGCAAGAUGUCAAGAAGGGAGAGAAGAACACCAUUGUUACAUCCUACAACCGUAACUUCACUGGACGUAACGAUGCUAACCCUGCCACCCAUGCAUUCGUGGCUUCCCCUGAGGUGACAACAGCCUUGGCCCUUGCAGGUCGUCUAGACUUCAACCCUGAGGUAGAUGAGCUGGUGGGAGAUAAUGGGCAGAAGUUUAAACUCAAGAGCCCCUAUGGAGAUGAGUUACCAAACCAGGGCUUUGAUCCAGGCCAGGAUACGUUCCAGCCACCGCCUAGUGAUGGAUCGGGUGUGGCCGUUGAUGUCGACCCAGCUAGCAACCGUCUUCAGCUUCUCACUCCCUUUGACAAGUGGAAUGGACAGGAUCUAGAGGAUAUGGUUGUUCUUAUCAAGGUUCAAGGUAAAUGCACAACAGAUCACAUCAGCUCUGCAGGACCAUGGUUGAAAUACAGAGGACAUCUUGACAACAUCUCAGAUAAUCUUCUCAUCACAGCUACAAACAGUGAAAACGGAGCUAUGAACAGUGUGAGGAAUCAGUUGACUGGAGACUUUGGUGAAGUCCCAGCCACUGCAAGGGAUUACAAGGCCAAGAACACUCCCUGGGUUGUAUUUGGUGACGAGAACUACGGAGAAGGUAGCAGCAGAGAGCACGCUGCCCUAGAACCAAGGCAUCUUGGUGGUCGGGCCAUCAUCGUUAAAAGCUUUGCUCGUAUUCAUGAAACCAACUUGAAGAAGCAGGGCAUGCUUCCUCUGACAUUCUCCAAUGCUGCAGACUAUGAUAAGGUCAGACCCGAUGACAGAGUAUCACUUAGAGGAUUGGCAUCAUUGGCUCCUGGAAAGCCUGUUGAGUGCGUAUUGAAGCACCAGGACGGCAGUUCAGAUACCAUCCUUCUUAGCCAUACUUUUAACGAGACACAGAUCGAGUGGUUCCAGGCAGGUAGUGCCCUCAAUAGGAUGAAAGAGGUCCAGUCGGCGUCAUAGCAACCGACCAACUCUCCUCUCUAAUUUCUCUCUGAAAAUAUCUUGAAUGUGUAUUAUCUAUAGAAAGCAAUUUAUUGAUAUGUAUUGUAUAUUUUAUCCAUGAAACGCUUCACUAAGAAUAAAAAUGCAAGGCAAGUUUUGCAUAUGCAUUUUGAAUUUGAAGGUUUUUGUUAUGAAGGUGACUUCCUGAAAAAUAUAACCAUCUAUUUUAUGUUAGGUUUUUUAACCUGUAUGCAUGCACACAAUUCAAAGAUGUAUUUUUCAAUAGACAAAAAUGUAAAUUAGAUAAUUAGAGAGAAACUGUAUUUGUAUUAAAAAACAGUAUUUUGAAAAAAAAGUUAGCCUGCUUGCCAGUUUCUCUUAUUUUGAAAAUAUGCUGAAAGUUCAGUGAUAAUGGCAAUCAGCUUCUAUCUGUCAUAAUGUGGUAAGAUAUGUUUGCCUAGAUGUUACCUUGAUUUGCGUGAUUAUAUCAUAGAACAAUUAUGUCACAUCUUCAUCCCUUGAGAAACAGAAGGAUGUUACUCCCAUUAUUUUAUGCAGUGUUAAGGACCUUUUGAUUCUGUUAUGGUUAUAUACCUGUACCAUCUUUGGCUCUUCGAGGAAGCCUAUCAGCUCAGACAGUGGUAUCGUAUAAGGUGAUCAUUGCAUUGGCUGGUAAUUACCCUCCUACUUGGGACCUAUAAUGAGUGUUUUAGCCCUUCGUCAGUCGAUUGGAAUUGAUAUUCUUCUUGAAGAAUCAAAAGAAAACAAAGCAAGGAGGUCAACAAUAUUUUGUAAUGUGAUGUGAAAGUGGGAUGAUGUGCUUUGCAGAGUUCAUGGGAACGACAGACUAUUUCAUUAUAAAUUUGGAUAUGAUUUUAAAGCAAAUCUAUGAUGCUUCGAUUAGAGCUUCUCAAAUGUUACCCAUCAGAUUGUACAUGAUGUCAGACAAUGGUUUGAUAUAAAAAAGAAUCAAUGUAAUAGUGAUAGGUUCAGUUAGGAAUGUGUUUUUUUUAGAAACUUCACAUAUAAUGGAAACUAUUGAAAGAACAUCUGUGAAGAAAACAUCUUUCAACAUUUCUGAAACAUAGGGCAUGCUUCACAACUUCACAAAUCUAUUUUUUAUUGAUUCUAUAACACAUGCCUCUUGGGGGUUGCACAGAAAGUUAGCCUCUUAUGAUGGUUUUGUGAAACCUGUUCCUGGUCACUAUUCCUUCAAUCAUUCAUUGGUUUUUAUAACCUCGCAGACCAUACUGAAUCACCGAUCCACUUAUUUAUCAUUGAUUAUUUGAUUGGCCGGGAUGUGGUCGAGCCCACAUUUUGCCUGCAAUGGACUUGGCCUCGGACUGAGUCACGUGUACAAAGUCUAUGCGAGAUUGUUUCAGCGGCCUCAUGAUUCAGAAGUUACGGACUCGACUACAUCCUUGUUGAUUCGUUGGUUGGCUUUCAAUUUCAUUUUUGAAGGAAAAAAUGAGCAAAUAAAUGUAAAUUAUAAUCUGAAAUUUUCAUUUGAAUUGUCAUGAGACUUUAUUUAUGGAAAGUACAGUGAACCAGCCAAUGUAUUUUGAAAAAUUUGGUUCAGAUUUCCUCCAUAAAGGGGAUUUCCGUAUCCAGAUGCUGGCCAUAAGUCCUGCCCAACCAAACCAAUUUGAUUACUUGGCCAUAUUCUUGAAGUUGUGACCAAGUACUCAUGUUUGUUUUUUUGUGAUAGGGUUGGGGGAAUCCCCAAUUUUCAAGGGGAAUUCCCUAUCCAAGUCUGACAGAAAUUUGAUGUUAUUGUGGAUGGGUUUACGACAUUGCUAUUUCACAAUGUAUGCAAGAAGUCUAUUAUGAGGUACGAUGUGUGCAUAAUAAUACAUUUGAAAUAUAAUGGACUCGGUCCCAAAAA